UCAGUCAGCGUGGACUCAGUGGGCGCUCUCUGCCUUCUGCCCUGAAACGAGGAUUUUCUAUUGUGCUUUACACCAAAAAACUACCCCGAGUCCGAGGAAACAGCAGCCCUGAAGCAGACAGCUCGCUGUUCAGCCCAUGCAGGCCAGUGUCCGUCGUUUUUAGGAGGGUAUGAGUGUUUCUGAAAGGCAGCAAGAGGAUCUGAGCACGGCGGACUGCGAGUGGCCGAUGCCAUGAAACUCAAUCCGCAGCAAGCUCCCUUAUAUGGUGAGUGUGUGUUGACAGUCCAGCUGAGUGAGGAAGAGUACGUGGAGGACGAGGAAGAUGUGGAGUUUUACCUGCUGUUUGCCGGAACCACCCAGAGACACCUGACCACCACGCUGAGGGUCAGCCAUGUUACACUGCAGGCUGUGUGUCCAGCUCAUGACUGCGGCGAGACGGUGCGGGUCACUCUGUGCCAGGCUCGGCCAGGUGGUUCUGUGGAUGCCGUGGCUGAGGAGCGGUUCCAGUAUGUACAGGAUCUCGCCCUGGACAUGGCCCACUUCCUGCUGAGUGCGUCUGGCCAGCGGGAUGGCCUGGAGAGGGCGCUGCUACUGGACGAGUGUCAGAUCCCCCUGCAGGAGUGUGAGCGGCUUGACGAGACCCUGGCGCUUGCUCUCAGACACUUACCGCUACCGCCGGGGUGGAGCGUACUCGGAACAGACAUAAACACGAACUCCCACACAGCAGAUCUUGGACCGCAGGAGACUCUGCUGCACUUUGCGGCGCGGCGUGGCCUGCGGAGGGUGGCACUGUUCCUGCUGCAGCAGCCGGGUGGGCGGGACGCCCUGAGACACCAAAACAAACAGGGACAUACGCCUGCCGGUGUGGCACAGAAAAGGGGGCACUCACAGCUACAGCACCUGCUCUCAGAGCUGGAAUACUCGCCUCGUUACGAAACUAAGGCACACAGACGGUGUUCCCCGGGAGGCCGAGCAUUCCUGCACCAUCCGAAGCUGAACACCUACACGCUGACGGUGGACACAGAGACGGACGUUUCUCCGCCGGACCUGCGGGCGGACGUGGAGGAGCUCCAACGCUUAAUUCAGUCCCAUCAGCAGGACAAGGGUCUCUCUCUGAUAGAGCAGGACUACGUUUCGCUGAUUCUGAGCAGUGAUAUCGGCGACACCUCUCAGACAACCACAAUAACUUCCUGCCCUGGACCCUCCCUCCAGAACCCAGCGGAGCAUCACAACGCUGAAGCCAAGAGAGGGAACGGUGAGCUCCUGAACGGCACUAGGAACUAUAUCCAGUCAGAAGAGCUGGAGGAGGUGGGGCUGGACGGCUCGGCUAGAGAGGAUUCUGGGAAGGUGGCUGGCAAGGGUGUGUGUGCGGAGGGCAGGGAGGAGAGUGCGGCUGUCAGCGGCGCUUCCUGUGGACAACGGCAGCAGGAGGAAGCAGAUAGAGAGGAGGGUGUAUUCACAGCGGAGCAGAAAGAGCACUUUUCAAACAAAACGUACAAUAAAACUGAAUCUGGCAACCCGGAGGAGGCAGCUAUGGGCCAGUCCCAGGGGCUCCUCCCCUCAGAAACUCAGCGCAGUGAGGAAAGCGGCCGGAGCCGGGACUUACCAAAGGAAAAGGAAGGAGAGGCUAGCUGUGGUCAGGAAACUGCAAGCUCGAGCGCACUUCGGCAAGACGGUUUGGAGGAAGGCGGCCAAAAGGACAGCAAGAAGCAGGCGGACGGUUGCUGUUUUGAAGGAAAGCAGGUGAAUUCACUCCAUUUUGGCACUAAUGAGGCACUGAUUGGUCAGGAAAGUCCAAGCCUGAGCUCAGAGAACAUCACCGUUUUGGAGGAAAGUGGCCGAAACACCAGUGAGGUGAAGGUGGAAGGCUGCGGUCAAGGAACGGAGCCAAAUUCCAUCAGAUUCAAUGCUACUUUUGAGGUAAAUUCAGAAGUACAUGCCUCACAAACAAGUAAGGAAGCUGUUGUUUGUUUAGAAACUGGCGAUGAGGCUGCAAGCAACCCAAAGAAAGAUACAGGAAACCACAGUGUGAAGAUAGAGGCGGAGGAGGACAAAGGAUUUAGUGGUUCAGAAAGUGGCUCUGCACUGGAUUCUGUAAGCUUGCGGCCCAAUAUGGCACCGGGACCCAUCCACAACGUCCGGCAUGAACCUUCUCCUCUCCCAGACUGCCAGAAAUCUGAGGAAAUGGUGCUUGAUACAACUGACCAGGACCAACAUCAGCAAAUAAAUCAAACCACAGUUUCUUCAGCAGAAGGUGCAUCAGAAUGCUCAGAGCAGGUGAGGACUAUUGAGUCGUCUAGUGACUCCACUGACAAUUCGGAAGAUUCAGCAGGAGUUCAUGGAUUAUCUAAUGAAGAGAAUUCAUUCAGGUGCGCUUCUGAAUCCGUAGCUGCCGUUUCUUCCUCAGCUGUAGAAGGCAACGGUGAAAUGGUUCCAGCAGAGGCUCUUCAGUCUGAGCAAAAAGAUGAGAAAAAGGCCUCAGAAGAAGGUUCAAAAACCCCUGCAGGAGGUGAUAAUCAACCCAUGGUGGAUUUAUUACCUGUGGCUACAGCUAAUGAGGCUCAGAUAUUGUCAGAUGGAAGUGAGGCUUCAUCGUCGGGAGUGUGUGAAGGUGGAUCUUUUUCUGUUGGAGAAAUGUUACCGGGAGAAAGAGAAGAUACUUCUCCUUCAGCUGAACCUGAUGGAACAUUAUCAAGAGCAGAUGACUGUGCAUCUCUGUCCAAUGAAGCUGCCAUUAGAGAAGCAUUAGGAGGAGCUGAAGAUGAAUCUCUUCAAGCUGAGGCUGCAGUUGUAGAAGCAUCAAAAGGAGGUGAAAGUGCAUCUCCCUGUCAUGAGGCUGGAGUUGAAGAAACAUCAAGAGGAAGUGAAGUUUUAUCUCUUCCUGAUGAGGCUGGAGAAUCAUUAUCACAAAGAUGUGAAGAAGUAUCUUCUAAUCAACCUACAGUUGGAGAAAUAUUAUCAAAAGAACAUGAGUCUUCUCCUUCAGUUGAGGCAUUGUCAAAAGGUAAAGACACGUCUUCAGCUGUAGCUGCGUUUGGAGAAACAUUGUCAAGAGAACAUGAAGUUGCAUCUCCUUCAGUUGAGGCUGCAGUUGGAGGAACAUUAUCAAAAGGUGAAGAUGCAUAUCCUUCAGCUGAGGCUGUCUUUGGAGAAACAUUGUCAAGAGAACAUAAAGAUGUUUCUCCUUCAGUCGAGGCUGCAAGUGGGGAAACAGAAAAAUCUGAAGGUGCAUCUUCUUCUGACGAGGCUGCAGUUAGAGAGACAUCACCAGGAGCUUCUCGAGCACUUUCUGAGCCACAAAAUGAAACUGAACUGGUCACAGACUCCACAAAUCAAAUCCAGAGUCAACAAAAUGAAGCACUGACUGUAGAUCAUACUCAGGAGGUUCUUCUACAGCUAACGGAACCAGCUUCCAAACCUGAAGAGCUAUCGUGUAGUUCUUUGGAAGCUACAGUCGCAAUUGCUGGCAAUUGUGAAGCGAUUUCACACAGACAGCCAGCAGAGUCCAGUGAGACCAAGGAAGAUUGUGUGAAGCUUAAUGUGGAGACUGCGUGCUUGGAUAUUGGUUCGCAUGUGUCUGGAUCUUCAGCAUCUCCAUGUGAUUCUACAUCCAAGGAAAGCAGCAGUGCAGCAUCCUCUGACGCUCCAUCUGAGGUCAUAGCCUCUGGGGCUGAAGGCCAAGUUCUGUUGCCGGUCAGUCCUGCCAUUACUGUGGAAUCGCCCAGUGAUUCAGGCUUUUGUUUGAACAACACCUCCACUGCCGACACGCUCAGUGCCUCCGCCCAGCCUGUGGAACCUCUGGAUAAGAACAGUGGUACAGUCCUGGCUUUGGACACCAGCUCCCCUGUGGAUGUGGGCAGUGGUUUGUCCCAAGGCCUGCCACCUUCAGACGCUGCCAGUAGCCUUGGAGGUUCACGUGAAGGCGAAAGCCUGGACGAGGAGAGGAAUCAGGCAGAGGAGGAAUGUAGCGAGAAAGAAAAACCACACGAACAAGUGGCAGAUGACAUCAGUGCUUCUGCUGAUGUUCAGACAUCAUUAACAGACAUGGAGCAGACUGAGAUCCACAGAGAGACGGAGGUGUUCUAUCCUCUGGAGUCAUGCACAAAAUCUGAGGAAUCAAAGGAGUCGACCAGUGAAGAAAACACCUGCGCAGGUCAUUCUGAGGGUGUGUGCAGGUCGGUGUCAGUGAGCUCUCUGCCUGAAUCUGAGUCGGUCAGUGAUGGAGACUCACUGCUCAGUACGGAGACGGUGGACGACAGCGUCUUUAAACAGAGUGAAGAUACAGUCACACUCGUGGCUGACAGCACCAGUGGGGUUUCCAUAACUGGGUCCAGUUCUACAGACGACUGGUCCAGCCUGGGGCCUUGUGGGUCUGAUUCGCCUGUAGGGGGUACCCUCACGGUGGCUUCCGAUCAACCUGCAGAGAGUGCAGUCAUGGUGGGCUCCAGUCAACCUUUAGAGGGCGCCAUCACCGUAGCCUCCAGUCAGCCUGGAGAGGGCGUCAUCACUGUCGCCUCCAAUCAGCCUGUAGAGGGCGCAGUCACAAUGGGCUCUGAUCAGCCUGGAGAGGGCGCCAUCACUGUAACCUCCAGUCAGCCUGGAGAGGGCGCAGUCACAAUGGGCUCUGAUCAGCCUGUAGAGGGCGCCAUCACCAUCGCCUCCAGUCAGCCUGGAGAGGGCGUCAUCACUGUCGCCUCCAGUCAGCCUGGAGAGGGCGCCGUCACCGUCGCCUCCAGUCAGCCUGGAGAGAGCACAGUCGCGGUGGGCUGCCAUCCGCCUGGGGCUGGGUCCUCACCGGCCACUGGAGAAACGGAGGAAGAAGAGAAGAAGGAUCAGCUGACGGAGGUUCCGGAGCGUUCCACUAUCCAGCGCACGUCAGUGCGUUCUCUUUCUCCAUCGCGCAGGCACAGCUGGGGUCCGAGCAGGAACUCUGCUGGAGAAGCGGAUAUGGGUCAGCGCAGUGUGGUACAGAGUGAGGAGGGAGGGAAACCUGCAGGACACAGGAGAAGUAUGAGCUGGUGUCCGUCAGAUGUCCCUCGUCCAGAGAACGAUGAAAUGAAUGCUAGAAGUUACAGUCUGGAGGGUCUGGUGGAGGGGGACGUUGGGACGUCAUCGAGUCCGCGGCGGGUAGAAUCUCAGUGCGAACCUGGGCGCACUGGCCGGCUGGACAGUGAAGAGAGGGGGUCACUGGUGUCCCUCACUGAGGAGGAGCAGGAGUCUGACAUGGGGGAUGCCAGCAGUCUGGACAGCCAGCAGUCAGUUCAGACUGGAUGGCGCGGCGCCGCUCCUCCCCCACUGACCCUCACCAAGUCCAUCUCCAUGUCCGCCAUAAGUCCGAGGGACCUGGAUGUGAUUGGACGAGCUCGACCCAAGCGGCGAAUCAGCUUCUCCUUCAGCGUCUCGCCAAUCCUGCCCAAAUCUAAAACUCUCUUUGCUAUUGGCUCUUCAUCCAGUGAGGAUGAGGAGGCUGCCAAUUUGGGCUCUUUCACGAGUGCGUCAGGAUCACUGGAGUGCAGUAUAUCUGAGGAGGAUCCGGCUCCAUUAAGGAGUGAAGGUGGAGAGGUCAGAGUGGGCGGGACCAAAGUGAGCCGCACCUUCAGCUACCUCAAGAGCAAAAUGAGCAAGAAGAGUAAAGAAAAGGACAGAGAGAAGAGUAAGGAUGGGAAAGAGAAGGACAAGAGGAGCUCCGGUGGGCAUCUAUUCAGCUCCGUCUCUACAGCGCCCCCUAGCCCCUGCAUGCAGUGCAGCAAACCUAUCAACACUAAAGACGCCCUGCAGUGCACAAACUGCAGUGCUCAUGUCCACAAGGGCUGUAAAGAGGGGCUUCCUGCGUGUGCCAGAGUGAAGAUGAAGCAGCAGCAGCAAACUGUUCCCGAUUCAGCGUCAGCUCACGCCGUCGCCUUGAGAUCCAAAUCUGCGAUGGCGCGGGAGCGUCCUUGGUCCACCAUGAUGAUUCCCGAUGACCAGAUGCCUCCUCCUCCCAUCCCGCCUCUGCGGAAAAGUCCCGGAAUCAUGGCCUUCAACAGCAACACUCUGUCCAAGAGCAUCUCCAUCAGCAACAUCGCAGGGCAAAUGGACGAUGCUCCACUCAAACCCCUGAAGUUUCUGUCUCAGUCCACCGACUCGCUGCACAAGAUCAGCAGAGUGAACGAGUCCACAGAGUCGCUCACGGACGAAGGUGCAGAGCUGAUGGAUGGUCAGCUAAUGGGGGACUUUGAAGUGGAUGCAAAGGAGCUGGAGGCUGAUUCCUGGAGCGUAACUGUGGACAGGAAAUAUCUAAAGCAACUCAAGAAAGACGUGAUCAAGAGGCAGGAUGUCAUCUACGAGUUGAUCCAGACGGAGAUGCACCACGUGCGGACUCUACGCAUCAUGGCUGAUGUUUACAGUAAAGGUCUCCAGAAGGAGGUUCAGCUGGGGUCUGAGACGAUGGAGAAGAUGUUCCCCAUGCUGGAAGAGCUCCUGGACCUGCACACGCUCUUCCUCACAAACCUGCUGGAUCGGAAGAGGAGGGCGCAGGCCAAGAGCACAGAUGAGGGAGGCUACACCAUCCGCAGGAUCGGAGACGUGCUGCUGGACCAGGUUACGGGCUUUAAUGCAGAGAGGAUGACGAAAGUGUAUGGAAAGUUCUGCAGCCGCCACAACGAGGCUGUAAACCUGUACAAGGAGCUUCACGCCAAAGACAAGCGCUUUCAGGCUGUCAUCAGGAAAAUGAUGAGCAGCCCUGUUGUCCGGAGGCUGAGUAUCCCUGAGUGCGUCCUGUUGGUGACCCAGCGCAUCACCAAAUACCCAGUGUUACUGCAGAGGAUCCUCCAGCACACCAAAGAUCCAGAGGAGGAGCAGGUGGACAUGACUGAAGCUCUGCAGCAGGUGAAGGAGGUGAUCGCAGCCGUGGAUUUGAAGGUGAGCGAGUAUGAGAAGAGACGGAGACUGAAGGAGAUUCACAGCCGCACGGACAGCAAGUCCAUCAUGAGGAUGAGGAGCGGCCAGAUGUUCGCCAGAGAGGAUCUCAUCAGGGGGCGGAGACUCAUACACGACGGACCACUCCAGCUGAAGAAUGCAGCCGGACGACUGAAAGAUGUGCAGGCUUUGCUGCUGUCCGACGUGUUCGUGUUCCUGCAGGAGAAAGACCAGAAAUACGUUUUCGCCUCUCUGGACCAGCGUUCUACGGUGAUCUCUCUGCACAAGCUGAUCGUGAGGGAAGUUGCUAACGAAGAGCGUGGCCUGUUCCUCAUCACGGUCGGGAUGGACAAGCCGGAGAUGGUGGAGGUUUACGCCAGCUCCAAAGUGGAGAGGAACACGUGGAUCCAGCUCAUCCAGGACGCCAUGCAGUCCAUAGAGAGAGAGGACGAUGAAGGAAUCCCAAGUGAAAACGAGGAAGACAAGCGACUCCAAGAGAUCAAAGCCAAGGAGAUGAGAGAUCUGCUGCAGAAGAAGGACGAGCAGAUCGUGUGUUUGUUGGAGGAGAAGGUGCAUUUGUUCCGGGAGCUCUGUGAGAGCGCGCCUGCGGAGGACGCCGCGCUGCGCAGCAGGAUGAUGUUCAGGGCCACCAGUGAAGAGGUGACCAAAGGAGAGCCAAUCAUCAAAGACGCUUUAAAGGAAGUGGAGAAGCUGCAGGAGCUGGUGAACGGCAGUGUGUGUGGAGCGCUGGGGCAGCAGGUGUGCGCGGGGCAGGAUAGUGCGAGUGUGAGUUUACCGCGAAGAGCCGAAACAUUCGGAGGAUUCGACAGCCACCAGAUGAACAGCUCGAAGAGCAGAGAAGGAGAGAAAGAAGAAGUGGAUGAGUCAGCGGAGCUGCGGAGGACUGAGUCAGACAGCGUCCUGAAGAAGGGGGGCAGUGCAAACCUACUGCUACUUCUCAAGAGGAACAGUGAGCAGGUACUCCAGAGUGUCACUCGUCUUCACGACCUUCUGAACACAUUACAGGCUGUGGUCGUUCAGCAGGACACCUUCAUCGAGGAUCAGCGCCAGGCCCUCCUCAGUGACCGUCCCUCGGCCUCCUCCCGCCAGCCCUCCGUCUCAUCCUUGUCGUCCUCAUCCUCCUCUUCUUCGCGGCCAGCGUCUCUGAUCGAGCAGGAGAAGCAGCGGAGUGCAGAGCGGCAGAGACAGGAGGCGGAGGAGAGGAGGCGCAGGGAGAGAGAGUGGGAGCAGAGGGAGAAGGAGGUGCAGCAGCGAGAGGAGCGCGUACACACUUUAGAGGAGGAGAACACGAGGGUGACCAAGGAGCUGGACGAGGAGAGGAACGAACUGCAGAACAAAAAGGAGGAGUAUCAGAGAGACCUGGCCAGGCUGAGGGACAGUCAGAGGAGGCUGGAGAGAGAGAAGGAGCAGCUGUACACGCACUCAAACCUACGGCAGGGCGCUGAGGAUCAGCCCCAGCAGAGGCCGCGCACUUCCUCCUCUGCCUCCGAGGACUCUCUAAAGUUCCAGAUCUCCGGAGAACCAGCUGAGUCUGCGGAUCUGUCCGCCUCUCUGUCCGCCCAUGACCUGCCGUCCCGUGUGGACUCCAAACGCAAGAGCAAGAACCUGAACCCAUUCUCCUCCGGAUCCAGCCAGAAGAGCGGCGCCGCGGAGCCGCAGAGCCAAAUCCCCUCCCGCCUGCUGCAGCUGGCCAAACCCAAGGAGAAGAAGGAGAAGAAGAAGAAGAAAGGCAAAGGCCAGCAGAGCCUGAACACGGAAGCUCAGGACGCAGCCGUGCCGGGACCUUCAGCGGACGGAGCAGUCUUUUUCUGCUGAACUGUCCUCCGGCCCCCGAUUCCUCGUAGAUCGUAUUCUUCCUGUGUUUGUCAGACACAGUUAAAGUGCCUCACCCACCCGCCUGUGUUCAAAAACGCGGACGAGAGAAGAAACCCUUACUUUUUUUGUGCAAAAACCUGCAGAGUCUCAUGAUUUUUCUCUCUUUUCCACGCAAACUCUCACCCACAUCAGCACUCACCUGGGAGUUUUAUUGAGUGACUUCUGGCUCAUCUUUCAGCUUGGUUGGUGUUGGUAUAUAUCGGGACACCAUGGGCACUUUCUGGAGACUUUUUCACCCUUUUGUUGAAACUUUUAUUCGUUUGAGAGUAAAAUCAGUGAUUUCUCCUACAGCAUGAGACAUCAGACUUAUUCUGCCGGAAUUGGAGGAGUCCUCCAGGCCUUUAGGGGCGCUCUACCUUGCACCGAAGGAAGUUUGCCUAAAAGUCAGCACCAUUUUGGGAAGUGGGUGAAUUCCAGACACCACUAGCAAUGGGACUGAGACUGUCUAGACGUUUCUCUCGUCGUCUUUCUGAACCGUUGAUAUACACUGGCGGUCAAAUGUUUGGGGACAUGUAGCUUUUUAAACUGUUUUUAUUUAAAUGAGCAUGUUUUCUGUGUGACUUCCUAGGAAAAUUCCACCCAAUUCUGAGUCAUUCAGUGUUUUGAUAGGAAACUUAAUGACCACCAGUUCCAGCAUUGAACCUAGUUUUUAAACUGAAUGCUGAUGGUAAAACAGUGGAAAAAUCUGGAAUAAUAAGUUUUCUUUGGGGACUAUUUUGCCGCACAGCGUCCUGCAUGUCUCCCUCCACCAUGAAUGGAGUUUAGGUUCUCUAAACU